GACAAACCACCGCCUUGCUCCGGCGACAUCGCAUCAAUCUCAAAGAUUCCAACUUCCAAGUACAGCGAAGAGAGGGCGUCUUUAUUAAUUGACUAGCUUGGCUAUAUAGCCACCAGACAGCUCAGCUCCAUGAUUUUCACAGGCAAACACCUAACAGCAGCUCGCUGCCUGCCAGUACACUGAGGCACCUGAGGCACCUCAUUCAGCUGAUAGAGGGCCGAGUGAUCGAGCGUUAGGUCGCAAUGAAGGGGAGCAAGGUCCACGAGCACGAGGCCGACGUCCCCGCCUCCGACCUGUGGGCGAUCUACGGCACGCUCCGCGCCGCCGAGCUGUUACCGGAGCUGCUUCCGCACGUCCUGGCCAAGGUCGAAGUUGUCAGUGGCGACGGCGGCGUCGGUACCAUCUUGCAGCUGACGUUCCCCCCUGGUUUGCCUGGCCUGGAGAGUUACAAGGAGAAGUUCACCAAGGUUGACGACGAGAGUUACAUCAAGGAGGCGCAGGCGAUCGAUGGCGACAUCCUGAAGCUGGGGUUCCUCUCCUAUAUGGUACGGUUCGAGGUCAUCGCAAAGGGGCCCGACUCGUCAGUGAUACGAACGACUGUCGAGUACGAGAUUGAUGAUGCGCACCCGGAGCUCGAAGCGAUGGUGAGCAUCGCGCCUUUGGCUGCGACCGCCGAGAAAUUCUCCGAAUAUGCCAAGGAGAAGAAGGUCAUCACUCAGGCAGCCUCUUGAUUGGAGCUCAAGAGCAAAUCUUAUCAUCACGAAAGACAAAUGGUCUACUACAAUUGCGGCGUGUGUUUCUAUUUUGCAUAUCGAGUGUGGCUGUGAACGCAAAUUCAUCCGGAUCGAACAAAUCACAGAUGCUUCAUCUAAUUUGUUCACCACAACAACUUUUCUCAUAUAUGUAACUAUUGUAAGGUACCAUAAGGGCAUAUGUGCCGUAGUAUGUCCAUGAACCAAGAUUAGCCACCAUCAAGCUUUAAUUGUGUACUA